AUGGCGCUGGUGAAGAGUGGUUGGCUCUGGAGGCAGAGCUCCAUCCUGCGCCGCUGGAAGAGGAACUGGUUCGUGCUGUACCUGGAUGGCAGCUUGGUGUACUACCAGGACGAGACGCAGCGCGACAUGGACGGACGGAUCCACGUCAAGUACAGCUGCCGGGACGUCAGGGCUGGCCGGGAGUGCCGAGAUGUGCAGCCCCCCGAGGGGAAGAGCCGCGACUGCCUGCUGACCGUGGUGCUGCGGGACGGCUCCAAGACCACUCUGUGUGCCGAGAGCCAGGACGACGCCGUGGCUUGGAAGAUGGCUGUGCUGGAGGCAAAAUCCACCCCGGUGCAUGUCUAUGACCCCUACGAUGAUGACUACUACCAGACUGUGCCCCUGGACUCCCACCAGGCUGCCUACAUCAGCUCUGGCCACUAUGGCCACCAGUAUGGAGCUCCGGGGGUCACCCAGGUCGUCCUGCGCGAGGAUCCCUACAGGGUCUCCGGGGACCAGAUGGCCUUGGGGCUCCUGGCUGGGGCUGCCACUGGAGCUGCCCUGGGCUCCUUCAUGUGGAUGCCCUGCUGGUUUUAG